AUGUCUAUCGACGGUGUCAAGUCACACCCCGAGUACAAGCACCUCGCAUCCAUCCCGUGGUGCGCCAGAAUCCUCGCAGGAUUCGACUCCCCCUCCCACGUCGUCCAGGUGUCCCCGAACAGGACCGUCCUCCCGACGAGAGAGAACCAACACGUGGGCGGCACCCUCAACACCCCGGACACCAUCGCCGCCUGGCUGGUCCUGCACCCGCGACCCCAGGCCCCCGACUGGAAGGUCGACGAGCUGUGCUCGCUCGUCACCUUCAACCAUGGCGUGAUGGGCUUCCCCGAGAUGGCGCACGGCGGCGUCGUCGCCUUGGUCCUGGACGAGGUCACCGGCUUACACAUCGUCGCGCAGAGAACGGCGGGGGCCGAGCCGAACAAGGGCUUCCGGACCGGCUACCUGAACACGUCCUUCCACAAACCCGUCCCGGCGCCGGGGACGGUGCUCGUGAGGUCGCGGAUUGUCAGGGUGGAUGGCCGGAAACACUUUGUCGUUGCGCGGAUGGAGGACGAGCAUGGCGAGCUUCUGGCGAAGGCGGAGGUGUUGUACAUUUCGGUCGAGAGCAAGCUUUGA